AUGGUUGUCGAUUUAUACAGUGUCGUUCAUGACAUCCGUUACAACUGGAACUACUUGGCUAUUUGCUAUAGACAACGUUACUACAGCACCAACAAGAACCCUCGUGUGAUCCAAACCAAGUUGAAAAACCAGACGUUGAUUUCGUUGAGAACUUUCCCUCAAUGCAAAUACUUGAUCAAGCCAGGUGAGUUCCUAGCCUUGGAUUCAAAAAACAAAGUUGGCCGUGAAAAGUACGACGUCGUUGAAAAUGAAAGAGACAACCAAAAUAACGACAUCAACCACUACUUUGUUGGGUUCGACGAUACAUUUGUUGAACGAGAAAGAAAGGAAAUGAUUUCUCGACUUGUGGGCACCAAACGGCCGAGUAGUGCUCCUGACUUGGUUUCUUUAAAGAGAGUAGUUCUCGGAAGCAGCUCGUGCAACUGCCUCUGCCACGAUCAUCCAGUAAAUGGCGAUACAAAAGAAUGCGAAGAAGCAGAGGAAGCCAACUUGUCAAAGUCGUCUGGCGUCAAGGACUUCUUCAAAGGAAUCAUUGGAUACAAGAAGAAUGAAGAAGGUCAACUACAAGGCAGCAGCAAGGUCUCUGCUGCCAACAGCAGUAUAUGCGAAUCAAUCGAGAAAGAGCAAGUACCAGACAUCCAACCUCCAUUUCCUGUGCCCAAAACGAGAUUAUUCUUGAACAACUUAGGGUCAAGUUCACUGCUCAACUCGCACGGUAAAGAUGCUGAAGAGAAAAAGAUCUGGCAAACCGUGCUUAACGAAGUAUCGUUAUCAGCAGCCAGAAUAUCUACGGGAAACAAAUAUACCGAGAUCAAGAACAAAAUCAGCAGCCCUGACUUCGUUGUAGCUAAAUCGCAGCCAAAGAUUGGAAUCACCAAUAAUGAGAAUUGCUGCGAAAUUUCGAAAGCAGACUCGGCAGACAUCUUUGCCGAGCAUUUGGAGCGGGCUAAGGCAAAAUACUCGGAACACUUUAAGCUCGGGCCACAGAGUUUGAGCCUCAACGAGAUACAUAGAAUAGAUUCUAGAGAGCAGGUUUCGGCAGGGUCUUUCUGCGACCAUAGUGAGUUGUUGGGGUUGUACCAGUACGAUACGUUGUGUAAGUAG